AUGCAGUCAACAAAUCUUUUUACUGGUAUUGCAACUAGUUUAAAUAGCAGCUUCAUACGCGGCCUGUCAUCAAACACUGCCGCCAUAGUGAAGGUGCACCGGAGCAUUUACGCCCGACGGUAUCCCACCGUAGUGGUGCUGCCAAAUGGAGCCACAAUCAACCUCAGCUAUCACGAGCCAAGAAAGAUAAUCAAACUUCCGCUUGAUCUGAGCCUGCUGUCGGAAGCGGAACGGAAAGCACGCAUCGAAAAGCGCAAACCAAAGCAAAAGAUCCGUAUUGACGAUGAUGUAGAGGAUACAUUCAACGCAAACAAAUACUUGAAAUAUCUGAAGAAGAAAUGA